AUGGCUGACGGUGACUUCAAGCUGUCGGCACAGCUUGUCGGACAUGAAUCCGAUGUGCGAGCCGUCACAUUUCCCUCCCCCAGCCUUGUCAUGUCGGCAUCUCGAGACACCAGUGUUAGGGUAUGGCGACGCAGCCAGAGUCCCCCGUACUCUUUCGAAGGACAGCUUUUGAGUCGUGGGUCCGAGUACAUUAACUCCUUAACCUUCUUUCCGCCAAACCAGCAGCACCCAGAUGGACUGGUGGUGUCGGGCGGGAAGGAUACGAUUAUCGAAGUCAAGUCACCGACCCGCUCGAGCACAGACAACGCUGAUCGUCUCCUAGUGGGCCACUCGCACAACGUCUGCACACUCGAUGUUUCCCCAGAUGGUACAUACUUCGUAUCUGGCGGCUGGGAUGGCCAGGUCCGCGUGUGGCAUCUCGAGACGUGGGAGACUAAGCUCACUCUCGGAGGCCAUGACGGCAAAGCGGUGUGGAGUGUCGUUGCCUUGGAUGAGACGACCGUAGCCACAGGCUGUGCUGACAAAGGCAUCCGCAUAUUUGAUCUCAAACAAUCCACGGCUGGCGAGGUUCUUCCCCGGUCAACCAUCUAUACACCUGAUGUCGUUCGUGCACUCUGCAAAGUUCCCAAAAACCACCCCAGCGGAGCUGACAUUGCGAGCGCGAGCAAUGAUGGGAUUUUGCGUCUGUGGAAGAUUGACGGGCAGCAAGUAUCUGAGCUUCAUGGCCACGAUAGCUUUAUUUACUCUCUAGCUAGCACAUCCACAGGGGAGCUAGUCAGCUCGGGCGAGGACCGAACCGUCAGGGUUUGGAGGGGCUCUGAAUGUAUCCAGACUAUUACACACCCCGCCAUCUCGGUCUGGAGUGUUGCAGUAUGCCCAGAAUCUGGGGACAUUGCCACUGGAGCGAGCGACGGUGUCGCUCGUAUAUUCACCCGCAGCCAAGACCGGGUAGCAGAUGCCGAGAGUUUGCGGGAGUUCGAGGACUCGGUCAAAGGCUCGGCUAUCCCUCAACAACAACUCGGAGGUAUCAACAGGGAGAAACUUCCCGGCCCCGAUUUCCUUACUUCAAAAUCGGGAACCAAGGAAGGCCAAGUCCAGAUGAUCAGUGAGCCCAACGGUUCCGUUACAGCUCACCAAUGGUCUAUGAGUCAGCAGCAAUGGGUGAACGUUGGGACAGUUGUCGACGCAGUAGGAAGUUCGGGCAAGAAGGUCGAAUAUAAGGGCGCAUCCUACGACUACGUUUUUGACGUCGAUAUCGAAGACGAGAAGCCUCCUCUGAAGCUUCCAUACAAUCUCUCUGAGAACCCCUACGAACGAGCCACAAAGUUUCUGGGCGAUAAUGAGCUUCCAAUGACAUACCUCGACAAUGUCGCUAACUUCAUAAUACAAAACACUCAAGGUGCGACUCUGGGCCCACAGGAGCAGUCCAGUGGUCCCGAUCCCUACGGAACCGAGUCACGAUACCGUCCAGGCGAAGCUGGAAAAUUGCAGCAGCCAAAGGUGGUUCCCCAAAAAGAAUACCUGAGUAUAUCGGCGGCAAAGUAUGAAGCUAUCUUUAACAAAGUCUUAUCUAUUAAUAAGAACAUGGUCUCUUCCGGUCGGAAGGACGCUGCCUUGAACCCCGACGAGGUUUUUGUCUUGGAGGAACUACGGUCAUCCUUGGAAUUUUCUAAGGCCAUCCCUGCAAAAUCACUGGAUCUUGUUGUGCGCAUUGUCACUCUGUGGCCGUACUCAGACAGGCUGGCCGGUCUUGAUAUACUACGAUGCAUAGCCAGGUACUCCAUCGUUGCCAAGUAUUCGAGCGAGACUCACGGAUCCUUCAUUGACCUAGCCAUUGCUUCGUCACUCCCUAAAAACGCGAAACCUAACGAAAAUGCCGCAAUGAUGGGUGCCCGGGCCAUUGCCAAUGUUUUUGCAACGGCCGACGGACGGAGUCUUGCCAGCACCAGAUCUGAUGUCAUUAUCUCGUUUCUUGAGCGAAUUGUCGGAGUCGAGGGGCAUGAGGGCGUCGGAAAGAUCAACCGCAAUGUGCUCAUUGCUAUCUCUACUGUCUCUCUAAACCUGGCCGUCUUAGUGGCAAGAGAGAGGCUAUUGACACCGGCCCAUCGUCGUCGUCUUCUUGUCAUACUCGGGGAAAUCUUGACGAGACAGUCCGACACCGAGGUCCUAUACCGCUCACUUGUGGCACUGGGCACCAUACUCUCCGUCGCACCAGAGAUCGCUACUGGUCUAGGCAUCAAAGCCUGGGUGCAGGCGGCGUCCGACAAGGGUACCGAGGAGAGGAUCAAGGCUGUAUCGCGGGAAUGCUUGCAGCUUGCGUUGAAAUAA